AGGAGCGUGAUCAGUCAGAUCUUCUUAGUUUAUUGUAUCGCUUUUUGUACCAUUGGCACAUUUAAUGCUUUGCAAAAUCUGGGAGGAGCAGGUCAAGAGAAACCGUACAUUGCAAAUGCUGCGACUGCAAUCAAUUUUGCCUUAUUGGGCUGUAUUUGCUUCUUAGGAGGCCCAUUAGUCAACAGAUUUGACGUUCGUACCUCUCUUGCGAUUGGUACAAUCGGAGAUCCAAUUUUUGCAGCAGGUCUGAUCGUUUCAUCAAAAUACGGAAUCACAACUUUCUUACUUGUCGCUGCAGUCAUUCGCGGUCUCUCUACUGGACUGUUUUGGGCGGCGGAAGGUUUUGUAAUAAAUGCAUAUCCAAAAUCCUAUCAAAGAGCACGUUGUAUAACCGGUUGGGUAGCGGCAAAAGAACUUGGUAGCUUAAUUUCAAGUGCAAUCAAUCUUGGGAUAAGCGUAAAAGAUAAUAAAAAAGGGACAAUCAGUUAUACUGUUUAUUAUAUAACUAUCGGUAUCAUGUGCUUUGCGUUGCCAUGCAGUUUGUUAUUAUCUCCAACGAAUAAAGUUUACCACAAAGACGGGCAAAGGGUUGAUAUCGACAACGAGUUGGCAGAAAAGAGACCACUAAAAUCAGAAUAUACAGAUCUCUGGAAAAAAUUGUGCACAAAAGAAGUACUAUUGAUGCUGCCAUUGGCAUGUUACGCUUACUUUUAUUUCUCUUCGAUGCAUACAUACGUUGGUAAACAUUUCACUGUUCGCUCGAGAGCUUUGCUUGCGUUUUGCACUGCAAUAAGUGCUAUCUUAGGUUCUGCAAUAACAGCUUUAUUCUGUGACUCUCGUUAUGGGACCAGAUCAAAUUUGUCAAAACUUCCCCAAAAAAGACGGUAUUCCACGAUUUUCGUUUUGCUCUUGAGUGCAAUCUCCUGGGCAUAUUUUGGAUGGGCAAUCUUCUCCAUUCGUUCUCACAGAAAGCCGAUUGACUGGUCUCCUUCAGCUUCGACUUUUCUCAAAUACGGAAUGGCACCUUUAUUAUUGGCAUUUUCAAUGCAAGCUCUUCAAUCUCAACUUUACUGGACAGCUUCUUCUUAUUCAACUUCUUUACGUGAUAUUGCGUUACUCACUUCAAUCAUUCGUGGAACAGAAUCUUUGGCUCAAAGUAUUGCUUAUGGAAUCAACGCUUCU